AUGGAAGUGUUGCGAGGGGGGGCGAGCUUCCCAUCCCCCUCAUCGGGACGAUCUCUGGGGCGCUGCCAGAGCGUGGCGCCCAGGUAGAGAACAGAGGCGUAGGUCCCAUUUUGGUUCAGUCUUGCUAUGCUGCCAUGCAGUUGUUGAACUCCUUUCGAGUGAGUUAUUUUCUCCUGCCCCGGUUCCAGGCCAUGGAGCGGCAGAUGCGCUCGGUUCCGGGCUGGCAGCCGCUGGACGAGCCCCAGGCGGUGCUGCCCACCGCCCUGGAGAUGCCCGAGGACGCGGCUAUGGCGGCGCGUCGCAUCGAUGCGCUCAUCGUGGGCGUCCUCACCAUUGGUCUGGCCGUCGUGGCGGCAAGCGCGCCAGUGGCGCUGGUGUCCUUGUUGGCACCCACGGGGGGAUCUUCGACAGGGCCACGCACCAAGAGGUGGCCACAGGCCAGAGGCCCGACCGUUCGGCCCGAUCGGCCCGAGCUCCCACAGAAGAAUACACCCGGCUCUUUCAAGCAGAAGCGGGCGCAGGAGAGCUGGGCACCGUGGGAUGCCUGCGAAGGGGCCCAGGAGCAGAAGGACGAAGAGGAGUUCGAGAUGCAGCUGGGGCCACUUAAGACCCUGGUCUUUGCAGUGCGGGUUUACUACGUCUGCAACAUACUCUUCUUGUUGGCACCGGGCUCGGCGGCUUUGACCUCCUGGUCCAAAGCAGAGAAUUUGAUGCUGGGCGGGGCAGGGCUGGCGUGGGAGGUCAUCUGGCUUUGGCUCGUGGCCCGGGGCCCGGUGCCGACCACCUCCCGGGUUUUGUUGAGCCUUUCGGAGUUUCAGGCCGUCCUCGCUACGGACGUCUUGGGGUACUCUUUCCGCGUGCUGCAGGCGGCGUGGAUGAAGCGCCGGAUCGACCUUGCAGACCCUGCCAUUUCCAUCGUCAUGAGCGCUCCGGCCUCACACCGUGGCGGUAGGACGGACCACCCCGGCUUGGCACUGUUCCGUGUGCUCUUCCCUGGAAGGUCCAAGGAUUGUCUGUUUGCUGGCGCCGUGUUCCAACUCGCGGCCUGCCAAGCGGAAGUUUGGAGACGCACCGCAGGCUUCUGGGUCGGGAACGCCGCGCUCCUGACAAUCUUCCUGCCGGCACCGGCCUUGCACGGCCCUUACCUCUAUGUUCUGGUUCGCAACGACCAGGAGUGCGGCAAGUGCACCUUGCCACAGUUGCCGGAAGCAUCACGGAGGGACCUUGCGGCUGAGUUUUGGCCGGCGUUGGUUGCCCGCCUUCGGGUGAGCAAGGAGCGCCCGCCUCAAGCGGUGGAGGUCUCGCCCCCGGGGCAGCGCCUGAAAAACGAGCAGUCGGAAUCGGAUUCUGGCAGGGAGGAACAGACGACAUGGGAAUGGUUGGCGCAGAAGGUGGCCUCCAUU